CAUGUGAUUUUGAACAUAACACAUUUACAUCAGAUCAGUUCCGUUCUGCCAAUGAAACGGGUAUAAGCAGACAGGAUAAGACAUGCUGUUGCACUUUGUCACAUUUUCAGCUCAUCUGCUAAGAGUAGUCUUAAAAAGACCACACAUUAGAAACACACACAGACAGCUUCCAUCAUUUAAGGGCAAGCCACCCAAAAAUGUAUGAGAAUACUUAUGCCAAUAUAAAAAUGUAUCUUUAUUUGUCAUCUUCAGGAAGUGAUUCAGUGACGGUCAGAAGCUCCAGAGCAGCUGUAGUGUGUUUGGCUCUGCUGUGUGUUCUUCUGCUGACUGCAGUCAUAGUGCUGUGUGUCCACAUCUAUACAAACAACACAAACUACACACAAGAGAGAGAUCAGCUACUAACCAAGAUCAACAACCUCACAGAAGAGAGAGACCAGAUACUAACCAAGUACAUAAACAUGACAAAUGAAAGGGAUGGAUUAUUAAUCAAGAAUGACAAAUUGGGUAAACAAAAAGACCAGUUCAGUCAAGAGAGGAAUCAACUGCAAAAGAUUCUCAAUGAAACAGGUGAUCUUGAACUGCAACUAAACAAUUUGCUUUUACUAAAAACAAGUUUCAUUAUUCAGUGUACUGUAGGUGGGAAUCAUGAGCUAACAGCUGAACUUCUCAUGUUUACAGAUGGAUGGUUAUACUCUAACUUCAGCUUUUACUUUAUUUCCUCACUGAAGAAGAGCUGGACUGAAAGCAGAAGAUACUGUACAGAGAGAGGAGCGGAUCUGAUCAUCAUAAACAACAGAGAGAAACAAGAGUUUGCAAAAAGGUUUUCCAAUGGUAACGAAUUCUGGAUUGGUCUGACUGACAGUGAUAAAGAGGGCAACUGGAAAUGGGUUGAUGGCAGCACACUGACCUCUGGCUUCUGGAGGUCUGGAGAGCCCAAUGGAAAGAGUGGAGAGAACUGUGUUGUGUCUUUUUCAUCAGGGUGGCGUGAUCAUCCAUGUAAUAAUGCUUUUAGAUGGAUCUGUGAGAAAAAAACCUUAAGUAAUGAAUUACAUAUUAAGACCACCGAUAUGUGAAAUAAGUAACACAUACUGUAUAGUCACUAUAGUUAGUUGCAGCUCUACCUUUUUUUAAGUUCAUCCUAUAUCACAACAUGAAUCCAAAUGAGGUGUUCAUUGUGAAAAUGUGGAAAAAAUAACUUUUUAAAUUUACUAUUUGUAUAAUUAUCCUUACAAAGGUCUGACACUGACUUAACUAAUAGUGUGUGCUUGGGCUGGGACUAUCGGUUGUGGAGUGAUCAGGAAACAUGUCUAAUUUAGUACCUCCUUUGCUGAUGCUAAUAGUGAAGAAAGAACACACUUCGUGUACUUGAGGGCCACAUGCUUUUAGACUUCACACAUUGAUCUCAGAUGAGUUUCACUCUACCAUUUUAUUCAAACUGGAAUUGAAAGCAAAGAAGAGAAGAGCAGUCCAUGAAGAACAACACAAAA